UGCUGUUUUGAAGUCUCACGUGAUUUGUGCACGAGCUGUAACUGUAGUCCUACAAAAUGUUUGUUUUAAUAUUAAUUUGUGUCUUCUCUUGGUUUGUCGGAAACUCACAAUCGGCUCCUGAUAUACAGUUUGAUGUAAACCAUAUGAUUGGACACGCUGGAGACAUUGCUGUAAAAGCAUUGGAUGAACUUCGGGAAACGCCUGCACCUGAAGUAAAAACGGCAGCUGCUCCGGAUUUCCAGUUUGAUAUGAAACACGUUAAUGAACACAUUCAAAAUGUUGCCGAUAAUAUCCUAGGCAGAGUUCGAGUAUCUGAAACAACUGAAGAUCACAAAAUAGAAGCUGAUGGCUGCAACAAGAGUUUAUUGGAUAAACUGGAUUCAAUGUGUCACGACGUUCAUGAAGUAAUCAUAAGGGAUAACAGUGGAAUUAAAGAUAAGGAUAUCAAACGUGAAGUAGCAUGCUGCUCUCUUCAAGAUCUCGAGAACUGCAAAGUACGAGCAUAUGACAGAACGAACUGCAAUGGAAGGCAAGCAUCUCUACAGGAAGACUUGACAAUAGCUAAACAUCAUCUGGAUUUAACGUCAAACAUCACCUGCAAUGAUUUUAGAGGAAAUUGCGAAAAUUACCUUUCUUCACAAGGUCGAACAGAGGUUUCGAUGGUAGUCAUAACUUUAUUAGUCGCAUUAGCAGUUUUAUGAACUUAUUUUUGAAUUUUAAGUUUCAUACUUUGACUGUUUUUACGAGUUUCAGAAUCUAGUCGUGUCAUUCUUUUACCUUGUUAUUUUAAAUAUUUUCACUUUUAUGUACCUUUUUAUUGUUAUGCUUUGGGCAUCUUACAAAUAAAAUUAUUUAGCAAUGUUUAAA